GCUCGGAUACUGUUCAUGGAUUGAAAGAUACCCAGAGUGGAAGAAGGUUUGGCCUUGCCAGCAGAUGGUGCUGCUUUGAAUGUCAGUGCAGGCUGUGUUCUUCAGACUGUUUUGUUGAAAGACUGUUUACAUGCAAACAUCCAGGCGCCUUGGUGAGUGAGCUGAUCUGCUUUGCUGAGGGGGGGUGAGCCAUGGCAAUGCUGCUGUCGCUCUCCUCCCUUGCCUUCCUGCUGGGUUACCUAGUGCAUUGCAGCCGCGGGUAUGUGAUCGUCAACUCUGUGUCCUGGGCGGUCACCAACCAGGAGGAAGCAGUGUCCGCCGAGGUGGACGAGGAGGUCGAGGUGGACGUGAUGCCCAACCGCCUGUUCGAGAGCAGCAGCAGCAUCUGGAAAGCCUCCUACCCCGCCGCUGUCUACCAGGAGCAGGAUGGGAACUCCAGGGCCGAGCUCCCCAGUCCUAAAGAGGUCCUCAGCUUCCCCUCCAGGAUGUUUUCUUACCGCAGGGAAGGGCUGAGUGCGAAGGGGCCGGAGCAGGUUGCCACCGAGCAGCCCCAGCGGGAAAAAGCGCGCACCGCCCGCUCCAUGGUCCACUCCAGCAACUGGGGCUUUUUGGCUACCCUCUCCACCCUGGAUAAGAUCAAAGGUAUGCCAUUUGGAAACAUCUUUUCAAUCAGCGAUGGCCUCCUGGACAAUAGUACUGGUGUUCCAUUUUUCUACAUCUCUGCAAUGUUCAGCACAGUUGCAGAUCUGAUGACCAACCCUAGUGCUUCUCUAACAUUGUCAAAGGCUGACACAGAUUACUGCAGACAAAAUGUCAUUGACCUUGAAGACCCAAGGUGUGCCAGGCUGACUCUUACUGGUCAAGUGGUGACUGUGCCUGCUGAUGAAAUUGAAUUUGCAAGACAAGCUAUGUUUUCAAGGCAUCCUGUAAUGAAGAAAUGGCCUCCAGACCAUAACUGGUUCUUUAUGAAAAUGAAUAUUCAACACGUGUGGCUUCAGGACUGGUUUGGAGGGGUUGCCAUCAUCCCACUGGAAGAUUAUUUCAAAGCAAGCCCAAUGAACACUGAAUAGGUUCUAAAAUAAUUUAUCUUUCAAAAAGGAAGCAUUGUUUGCAGUUCUGGUGAAUUAAUUUUCUUGUGUUCAAGUUGGAAAAGUUUGUUUCUUAUAAAGGUAUAUUGACUGAGUACAGCAGGAACAUUUUUUUAUUGUUGAUUCUAGGAAUGUAUGCAUCACAAACAUUUAUUGAUAAUCUCUGUUCUCAAGAAGGUGGUGGUGAGCCUUCUUCUUGAACAGUUGCGGUUCAUACAUGAAAAGUGUUGCUAUCGUGCCUCAAGGAUUUUGACCCAGUCAUGUUGGAAGAUACAUUGUGUGAUGCAGCAUGGGCAAAUUUGCCUCUUCUCCUUGCCAAUACUUUUUGCCUACACAUGCCACACAUUACCACAUUAGUGCGGUCAUACUCCAGGCACAAAAUCUGAGGUAUUCAGCACAGUUAAUAGCCCUCAGUAUUGUAGUACUUCAUAUACAAUAUGAGAUUGUGCUUUGAAACUAGGCUUUUUUAGUAAAGUUCUGCUCACUUUGUUCAGAAUUCUUUUUGCCUGCAAGGUUCCAAGUGUUGUUAUUCCACCAUGAGCUUUACCCAGUGCAAAAUGUGACUUUCAGAAAUUACACACCGUUCUAACUUGUAUUAUUCUGAGUUAGUAUAGAUGUACUGUUUAUAAAUCAUCUUUUGUAAUUGCCAGAAUAUGAAAAGGUCCAUGGCAAGGCAUUUGUUGUUCCUGAUGAAGGGCUUUUGCCCGAAACGUCGAUUUUGCUGCUCCACGGAUGCUGCCUGAACUGCUGUGCUCUUCCAGCACCACUAAUCCAGAAUCUGGUUUCCAGCAUCUGCAGUCAUUGUUUUUACCCCAUUUGUUGUUAGCAGCAAUUUAUUCAUGUCGGUGUGAUCAAAUGUAACAUUGACAUUAAAGUGUUGGUAAUAUAAUAGUGAGCUACAUGAUCAAAGCAUAUCUGUUCUCUGUCAUGCAAAAGCUGUAUUCAGCUGUUCUUCAGCUAUUGUAUUGGAGAGUUUGUGUAAUGUGUUAAUUGUAAUAAAAUUUGUAAUAACAUAUGUUUUACUUUUGCUGGCUAAUAUUAAAAUAUACUAAAAUUGUUGUGGAUGAACUUGCUAAAACUGUCAAGUGAUAAAGGUGCACAGUUUGACUUCAUGAACAUGUGAUAGACAAAUAAAGGCAUUUUAAGAUCUG